AUGGCGUCAGCGGGAAAUUAUGACCAGUCAGCGUUGAACAGACGGCCGUCGCGUAGCGCCGCGACCACCACGUUCUCGACGGAGGUAUUUGAUAAUGAGGUGGUCCCGUCCUCACUCCAGUCUUCUAUUGCACCAAUUCUCCGUGUUGCUGCUGAGAUCCAGAAUGAACGUCCGCGUGUAGCCUACCUCUGUCGAUUUUAUGCCUUUGAGAAGGCGAAUAGAUUGGACCCCAAUUCCACUGGACGUGGUGUUCGACAAUUCAAGACUAGUCUCCAUCAAAGACUAGAACGGGACAAUGCAUCAAGUCUUUCUGCACGGGUCAAGAAGACAGACACACAUGAAAUUGAAAGCUUUUACAAGCAAUACUACGAGGACUAUGUUUUGGCACUUAACAAGGGGGGCCAAGCUGAUAGAGCUCAGCUUGGAAAAGCUUAUCAAACAGCUGGUGUGCUGUUUGAAGUUCUCUGUGCUGUUAACAAAACUGAAAGAGUUGAGGAAGUUUCUCCUGAGAUAAUGGCUGCAGCACAUGACGUCCAGGCGAAAAGGGAAAUAUAUGCUCCCUAUAACAUUCUUCCACUGGAUUCUGCAGGGGCCUCACAGUCCAUUAUGCAACUUGACGAGGUUAAAGCUUCUGUGUCUGCUUUACGGAACACUGUUGGCUUGUCCUGGCCUGCCUCAUUUGAGCAACAGCGGCAGAAAGCAAGGGAGUUGGACCUGCUUGAUUGGCUGAGGGCAAUGUUUGGGUUUCAGAGAGACAAUGUCAGGAACCAAAGGGAGCACCUGAUUUUGUUGCUUGGAAAUAUUCAUGCAAGGCUAAUCCCCAGGCCUGAACCACAAACAAAACUUGAUGAUCGAGCUGUUAAUGCACUCAUGAAUAAACUCUUCAAGAACUACAAGACCUGGUGCAAGUACUUGGGGAAAAAACAUAGUUUAAGGCUCCCCGAGGGGCAGGAGGAAGUGCAACCAAGAAAGCUACUUUAUAUGGGCCUUUAUCUUCUUAUCUGGGGUGAAGCAGCUAAUGUUCGGUUCAUGCCAGAGUUCCUAUGCUACAUUUUCCACAAUAUGGCAUAUGAACUUCAUGGGCUCUUAGCUGGAAAUGUCAGCAUUGUUACUGGUGAAAACAUUAAGCCAUCUUAUGGUGGGGAUGAUGAAUCUUUCUUGCGGAAAGUUGUUACACCUAUUUACCGAGUCAUUGAAAAGGAAGCCAGAAAAGGAAAAAAUGGGAAAGCCCCCCACUCAGCCUGGUGCAAUUAUGAUGAUUUAAAUGAGUACUUCUGGUCAUCAGAUUGCUUUUCUUUGGGUUGGCCAAUGCGUGAUGAUGGUGAGUUCUUCAAAUCAAUUCAAGAUGUACCACAGGUAAAACGGGUUCCUCAGAAAAAACCUGGAAAACUGGGAAAGUCAUUCUUUGUGGAAACCCGGACAUUGUGGCACACUUUUCGAAGUUUUGACCGUCUGUGGACCUUUUUUAUACUAGCUCUACAGAUCAUGAUUAUUAUUGCUUGGAGUAAAGUUUCUGUCUUCUAUAUCUUCGAGAAAAAUAUCUUAUACAACUUGUCCAGUAUUUUCAUCACAGCAGCUUUUCUUCGCUUUCUUCAGAGCAUCCUGGAUUUUGUUCUAAACUUCCCUGGAUAUCUAAGAUGGAAGUUCACUGAUAUUUUACGGAACAUACUAAAGAUAAUUGUCAGCCUCUCUUGGUCCAUCAUUCUUCCUAUGUGUUACGUGCCCCGAAAGAAUUCAAUGUCUUUUGGCAAAAUCAAAUAUAUCCUCACAUUCCUUGAUAACGGCAACGGUGUGCCUUCUUUAUACAUCAUGAUGGUAGCUGUCUACCUGCUCCCAAAUUUAUUAGCAGCAGUGCUCUUUAUUUUUCCUAUGCUGCGGCGUUCGAUCGAGAACUCUGAUUGGCUUAUCAUAAGGUUUCUCCUUUGGUGGUCGCAGCCAAGAAUCUAUGUAGGAAGGGGAAUGCAUGAAAGUCAGUUUGCACUUAUCAAGUACAGUCUGUUUUGGGUGUUGCUUCUGUGUUCAAAAUUUGCAUUCAACUAUUUUCUGAUGAUAAAACCUCUAGUAAAGCCAACACAAGAUAUAAUGAGAAUUAAUCACGUUGACUAUUCUUGGCACGAGUUCUUCCCUGACGGUAUGUGUUCAAAUCUUUUAGUUUACUUCAUGGACACCCAGAUUUGGUAUGCUAUAUUCUCUACUUUUUGUGGAGGUUUUAUUGGUGCCUUCGAUCAUCCCAGCUUGAAAGUCAUUCAGUGGCCUCCAUUUUUGCUUGCUAGCAAGAUCCCGAUAGCAGUAGAUAUGGCUGCUCAAUUUCGGUCAAAAGAUACCGACCUUUGGAAGCGUAUAAGUGUUGAUGAGUAUAUGAAGUGUGCUGUCAUUGAAUGCUACAAGUCCUUUCAAAUGGUACUGAAUGCCAUGAUUGUUGGAGAGACUGAGAAAAGGUUGAUAAUUGCAAUUAUCAUAAAAGAGGUUGAAAGCAGCAUAUCAAAGAACACUUUCCUUGCGAAUUUCAGAAUGAGGUUUUUACCCGAUCUCUGUAAGAAGUUUGUGGAACUUGUGGAGAUACUGAAAGAUAGUGAUCCAUCAAAGAAAGAUACAGUUGUUUUACUGCUGCAGGAUAUGUUGGAAGUAGUUAGCCGUGACAUGAUGGCGAAUGAGAUCCGUGAACUUGCUGAAGUUGGUCAGGGAAGCAAAGAGUCCGGCAAGCAACUUUUUGCAAAUAUCAUGUAUCCUCCCCCAAAUACAGCACAAUGGGAAGAACAGAUACGGCGCCUUUAUUUGCUACUGACAGUUAAGGAAUCUGCAAUUGAUGUCCCAACAAACCUUGAAGCACGGCGGAGAAUAGCAUUUUUUACGAAUUCACUUUUCAUGUAUAUGCCGCACGCUCCUCGAGUGCGAAAAAUGCUGUCAUUCAGUGUCAUGACUCCCUACUACAGUGAGGAGACUCUCUACUCAAAGAUUGACCUCGAAAUGGAAAAUGAAGACGGUGUCUCAAUUUUGUAUUAUCUACAAAAGAUUUAUCCAGAUGAGUGGAACAACUUCAUGGAACGUUUGAAUUGCAAAGAUUCUGAAAUUUGGGAAAACGAGGAGAACAUACUGCAAUUACGACAUUGGGCCUCGUUAAGAGGACAAACUCUUUGCAGAACUGUCAGAGGGAUGAUGUAUUACCGGAGGGCAUUGAAGCUUCAAGCUUUUCUAGACAUGGCUACAGAAGAUGAGAUACUUGAUGGCUAUAGAACUAUUACUGAACCAUCAGCAGCAGAUAAGAAGAACCAAAGAUCCAUGUCUACUCAGUUAGGCGCUAUAGCUGAUAUGAAGUUCACUUAUGUUGCUACUUGCCAAAACUAUGGGAACCAGAGGAGAAGUGGAGAUCGGCAUGCAACUGACAUUUUAAACCUGUUGGUUAACAAUCCUUCUCUUCGUGUAGCAUAUAUAGAUGAAGUUGAGGAACGAGAAGGCGGAAGAAAUCAGAAGCUUUAUUACUCUGUAUUGAUUAAAGCUGUAGAUAAUCUUGAUCAGGAAAUCUACCGUAUUAAGCUGCCUGGGUCAGCAAAGAUAGGAGAAGGGAAACCUGAAAACCAAAAUCAUGCUAUAAUUUUUACUCGUGGAGAGGCUCUUCAGACCAUUGAUAUGAACCAGGAUAAUUAUUUGGAAGAAGCUUUUAAAAUGCGUAAUCUACUUGAAGAAUUUAAUGAAGAUCAUGGGGUACGUCCACCUACAAUCCUAGGUGUUCGUGAGCAUAUUUUCACUGGAAGUGUCUCAUCGUUGGCUUGGUUCAUGUCAAAUCAAGAAACAAGCUUUGUCACUAUUGGCCAAAGAGUCCUUGCAAGGCCUCUGAAAGUGCGCUUCCAUUAUGGACAUCCAGACGUUUUUGACCGAAUUUUCCACAUAACCCGAGGAGGCAUCAGCAAAGCUUCUAGAGGAAUCAAUCUUAGUGAGGACAUUUUUGCUGGUUUUAAUUCAACACUAAGACGUGGAAAUAUAACUCACCAUGAAUACAUUCAAGUUGGGAAGGGUCGAGAUGUAGGUCUCAAUCAGAUCUCGCUUUUUGAGGCCAAAGUUGCAUGUGGUAACGGGGAGCAGACCCUCAGCCGUGAUAUCUACAGAUUAGGGCAUCGGUUUGAUUUCUUCCGCAUGUUGUCAUGUUACUAUACAACCACUGGUUUUUAUGUGAGCUCAAUGUUGGUGGUCCUUACAGUGUAUGCUUGCUUGUAUGGUAAGCUCUAUCUUUCAUUAAGUGGACUCGAGAAGACCAUAGUCAGAUUUGCAAGAGCUAAAGGAGAUGAUGCUCUUACGGCUGUCAUAGCCUCUCAAUCCAUUGUUCAACUUGGUAUCUUGAUGACAUUGCCCAUGAUUAUGGAAAUUGGAUUGGAGAGAGGCUUUAGAACUGCAGCUGGUGACAUUAUAAUUAUGCAGCUCCAACUGGCAGCUGUCUUCUUUACUUUCUCUCUUGGCACAAAGCUCCAUUACUUUGGCCGAACACUUUUACAUGGUGGGGCCAAAUACAGGGCCACUGGUCGUGGUUUUGUGGUUAAACACGAAAAGUUUGCCGAGAAUUACAGAAUGUACUCAAGAAGUCAUUUCACGAAAGCUCUGGAGCUGAUGACUCUGCUCAUUGUUUAUCAAGCUUAUGGGAAACCUACUCCAGAUUCUAUGAGUUAUCUUGUCCUCACCUUCUCAAUGUGGUUUCUCGUUAUUUCCUGGUUGUUUUGUCCCUUUCUUUUCAAUCCAUCGGGAUUUGAAUGGCAAAAGAUAGUGGAGGACUUUGAGGACUGGACUAAGUGGAUAAGUAACCAUGGUGGUAUAGGUGUUCCAGCUACCAAGAGUUGGGAAUCAUGGUGGGAUGAGGAGCAAGAACAUCUCCAAUACACUGGUUUUUCAGGGAGGUUUUGGGAAAUCAUACUGUCUCUGAGAUUCUUCUUGUACCAGUAUGGAAUUGUUUAUCAGUUGCAUGUAACCCAGCAUGACAAAAGUAUUCUGGUUUAUGGUUUGUCUUGGCUGGUUAUUGUAGCUCUAAUGAUCAUCUUAAAGAUUGUGUCCAUGGGGAGAAAGAAAUUUAGUGCCGAUUUCCAGCUGAUGUUCAGACUUCUGAAGCUAUGCAUGUUCAUUGCCUUUGUGGUCGGACUCAUUAUGUCCCUUAAAUUUCUCGAGCUCACGGUUGGAGAUAUUUUUGCGAGCUUGCUAGCUUUCUUGCCAACCGGAUGGGCACUUCUGCAGAUAGGACAAGCUUAUAGACCAGUCGUCAAGGCAUUUGGAAUGUGGAACUCGAUUCAAGCUCUUGCGAGAGGUUAUGAGUACCUUAUGGGAUUUCUCAUCUUUGCUCCUGUUGCAAUACUGGCCUGGUUCCCGUUCGUCUCUGAGUUCCAAACAAGGCUGCUUUUCAAUCAAGCCUUCAGCAGAGGUCUGCAAAUUCAGCGUAUUCUGGCUGGUGGAAAGAAGAACAAAUGA